AUGGCCAACUACUAUGAAGUGCUGGGUGUACAAUCAAGCGCCUCCCCCGAGGACAUUAAGAAGGCCUAUCGAAAGCUAGCUUUGCGUUGGCACCCUGACAAGAAUCCUGACAACAAGGAAGAGGCCGAGAAGAAGUUCAAGCAGGUUUCUGAGGCUUAUGAGGUCUUGUCCGACUCUAAGAAGCGUUCUUUGUACGACCGGGCGGGCUGUGAUGGCUGGAAAGCCGGCGGUGCCAGUGUCCCCCAUAGCAGUCCCUUCGGUGCUGGCUAUGCCUUCCGCAAUCCUGAGGACAUCUUCCGCGAGUUCUUUGGGGGUCUGGACCCUUUCUCCUUCGAUUUCUGGGACACCCCCUUCAAUGACCGCAGCAGGUCCCAUGGUUUACGUGGGACCUUCUCUUCGGGCUUCGGUGAGUUCCCAGCAUUCAUGGAGGCCUUCUCGUCCUUCAACUCCCUGGGCCACGGGGGCGCCAGCCGGGCCACCUUUUCAUCCACUUCGUUUGGUGGCUCCGGUUCGGGCAGCUCAGGGUUCAAGUCAGUGAUGUCAUCCACUGAGAUAGUGAAUGGCCGAAAGGUGACCACCAAGCGCAUUAUUGAGAAUGGCCAAGAGCGUGUGGAGGUGGAGGAGGACGGGAAGCUCCGUUCUGUAACUGUCAAUGGCAAGGAGAAGCUCAUGCGGGUGGACAGCAAGUGA